ACCAUAUUGUUUAGCCUCUCACUAUCUUUCUCUCUCUUCAGUCAACUAAAAAGAAACAACCCAGUUGAGUUUGAGUUGAGUUGAGUUGAGUUGAGUUGAGCAGAGAGAGAGAAACAACAACUGUGUUUUCCAUGAUCAUUAAAAGAAUUUGAUGGGCAAGAUUCAAAGAUUAGUGAUUUCACAUUCUUGAUUAGCGGAAUUUGUUUUAGUAAUGGAUGAUUUAACAAGGGUUUUGUUGGGGUUGUUUGUUUUGUGUUUGCUAAUUAAUCCUGCAUUUCAACAAACACAAAUUGUGCCAUUGAGUUCAAGAAUUGAGAGGGUGGCUUUGUUACAGUUGAGAUCUUCUUUAGGGUUGAGAACUAAAGAAUGGCCUAUUAAGGCUGACCCUUGUUCAGUCUGGGUUGGGAUUCAGUGUCAGAAUGGGAGUGUUGUUGGGAUUAACAUUUCCGGGUUUAGAAGAACCAGAGUUGGUAGCCGGAAUCCUCGGUUUGCGGUUGAUGCUCUUCCCUUGUUUGCUUCUUUGUUGUCGUUUAAUGCUUCUAGGUUUUCGCUUCCGGGCUCCAUUCCUGACUGGUUUGGACAGAGGUUAAGGAGUCUGCAGAUUCUUGAUCUUAGGAGUUGUUCUAUUGUUGGUGCGAUUCCUGCUAGUUUUGGGAAUAUGACUAAUCUUUCACAGUUGUAUUUAGCGGAUAAUGAUAUUACUGGGAUUGUUCCUGAUAGUGUGGGACAAUUGUCGAGUCUUUCGAUUCUUGAUCUUUCCAAAAAUGGACUUACUGGUGUUAUUCCGCCGUCUUUUGGGUCUCUUGGAAAUCUUACUUUGCUUGACAUGUCUGUAAAUUAUUUGUCUGGGACAAUUCCUCCGGCUAUUGGUGCUCUUUCUAAACUAGAAAUUUUGAAUCUUUCUAGUAAUAGUCUUUCUUCUUCGAUUCCCUCCCAACUAGGUGAUCUUUCUAGUUUGGUUGUCCUUGAUCUUAGCUCCAAUUCUUUUUCUGGUUCAGUGGCACCCGAUUUCAGGGUGUUAAGGAAUUUGCAAAAAAUGGUAUUUGGAAGAAAUCAGCUUAGUGGUUCCUUGCCGGGUAACUUAUUUGCUUCAUUAACGCAGUUGCAGUCUUUGGUCUUGAGUCACAAUGAUUUCAUUGGUGAGAUUCCUACUAUACUGUGGACUAUGCCUUCUUUGGUUUUUCUGGAUGCCUCUGGCAAUAAUUUCACUGGUAGUCUUCCCAACGUCAGCUCAAUUCCUAGUGCUAAUUCUGCUAUAUUCAACCUCUCACAAAAUAUGUUAUAUGGAGGCCUUACAAUUGUCAUCAGGAGAUUCAGUUUUAUAGACUUGUCCGACAAUUAUCUCCAGGGCAAGGUUCCAGAUUAUGCUCGCAGUAAUGCUUCACUUACUAGAAAUUGCCUUCAAGCUCAGUUUAGUCAGAGGGCUGCCGCACCAUGUGCAUCAUUUUAUGGCGAGAGGGGACUGACAUUUGAUAAUUUUGGGCUGCGGAAUGAUACCCAAGCCCCUCCAAGUAAACCUCACAAAAAGAGCCACAAGAAGUUAAUAAUAUUGGCUGCAGUUAUUGGUGGUGUCGGAAUUAUUGCACUUGUGAUAAUUAUGUUGGUUCUAUUUAUUGUAUGCACUCGCAAGGGGACUGCAACCAGCCAAAGAGGCACCGUUGUAGACUCUGUCCCGACAGGUGCAAGUCCGCCUCCUCCUGGAGCUUCUUUGAAUUUUUCAAGUUUAGGAGAAGGAUUUACAUAUCAACAGAUUCUCCAAGCUACCAGUAACUUUAGUGAUGCAGACCUAAUUAAACAUGGUCAUUCUGGUGACCUUUUCCGGGGUAUACUGGAAGGUGGGAUCCCAGUAGUCAUUAAAAAAGUUGAUUUGAACUCUGUCAAGAAAGAAGCAUUCAUGCAAGAGUUGGAUGUUUUUAGUAAGGUGUCUCAUACCAGACUGGUCCCUCUACUGGGACACUGCUUAGACAACGAGAACGAGAAGUAUCUAAUUUACAAGUAUAUGCCAAAUGGAGAUUUAUCAAGUUCUUUGUACAGGAAGACCCGAUCAGAAGAUGACAGUUUACAAUCAUUGGACUGGAUAACAAGAUUAAAAAUUGCUACAGGUGCUGCAGAAGCUCUAUCUUAUCUGCACCAUGAGUGCUCCCCUCCCCUUGUCCACAGAGAUGUUCAAGCGAGUAGCAUUCUUCUUGAUGAUAAGUUCGAAGUUCGCUUGGGAAGCCUGGGUGAGAUCUGUGCUCAAGAAGGAGAAACCAGUCAAAGCAGGAUAACCAGGUUGCUGCGGCUUCCCCAGUCAUCUGAACAAGGUGCCUCAGGUACACCGGCUGCAACUUGUGCCUAUGAUGUUUACUGCUUUGGGAAAGUAUUGCUUGAGCUGGUAACUGGGAAGCUGGGAAUGAGUGCAUCUAGUGAUGGAACCAUGAAGGAGUGGUUGGAAGGUACACUGCCGUACAUUAGUAUAUAUGACAAGGAACUCGUGACAAAUAUCAUAGACCCAUCUUUGAUUGUCGAUGAGGAUUUAUUAGAAGAAGUAUGGGCUAUGGCUAUAGUGGCCCGUUCUUGCCUUAAUCCAAAACCUGCAAGACGGCCCCUCAUGAGGUAUAUCCUUAAAGCCCUGGAAAAUCCAUUAAAAGUGGUUAGAGAAGAGAGCACGGGCUCAGCAAGGCUAAGAACUACAUCGUCCAGAGGAUCUUGGAAUGCUGCUGUUUUUGGUAGCUGGCGUAGCUCAUCUGAUGUAGCAGCAGUUCCAGCAGCAGCUACGUCAAACAAAUUGGAAGGUGCAAGUAGUUUUAAACACUCUAAACACUCGGGAACUUCAGGUUCUCAGGGAAGUGGUCAGAAUAAUGGUGGUGAUCAUUCAUCCUCAAACAGACGACAACAGUCGAGGGAUAUAUUCCCAGAACCGUUAAAUGAGGAAGACUUGGAGAGGCAACAUGAAUAACUAGAAGAAAUGGUUGAUUCUUCUCGAUUCUUUGUUAAUAACAAAAGCAGGCUCCCCAUUUGAGUGCCUUGCUUCAAAGACUAAAGGGCUGAAAAGAGUCCAUUUUUGCUGAUAUUUUACUCAAGGUUUUCAGAAAGAUGCACAAACAACUUGAGUAAAAUAUGUAUACAAGUUUGUGUGAGAUAUUGAUACUGGGACACAGACUUGGUGCUGCAAGAUAUAGGGGCAUGGGGAAGAAAGAUAGUGGUUAGUUUUCCGUAACUGAUAUUAUUUGCUAGUUCUCUUGUGAAAAUUGUAAAUUUAAAUGGUUUUGCUUUUACCCAGUUUAGGAGGAUAAAAAAAAUACACAAAGGCAGAUUCUUACUGUCAUUUCCCAGAAGCCCAUCAGUUGCAUAAAAUUGCUAUAAAUUUGGUUUUAAACUUGAAA